ACAGUGAGGGCGUUAGGACCAGGGGCGAGGCGCACGCCUGGCUGGGGCUGGCAGAGGUCCUCGGGCUGGCUGAGCGCGGAGCUCUGUGCCAAAGGAAAUCAGGGCUGCCUGCCGGCUUCACAUCUGUUGAUCUGACCCGACUUGAAGGGUCCAAAGGAGGACGGCUGUCAGCUCGGCUGGACGGCGGACCCACCAGCUCCCCCAGGCAUCUCGUAGCAACCUGACCAUUCACGCAAGGGGGGAGAGGAAACACGUGGGACUAGACACCUGAGCAGAACGGAAUCAUUAUUUUUUUCCCAAAGGAAAAGGGGCUGAAAGGGGGCAAACGGUUCAGUUUGAAGUCCCUGUGAAUGGGCUUUCAGAAGGCAAUUAAAGACACCCGCUGAGAGAGGAGCCGGGGUGGGACCUGGGUCCGUGGCUUUCUGAUUGCAAGUGGACACCGGUCUUACACACGCUGCUGGCAAGUGUCAGUCGUGGGGUGGGUGGGGAGGGAAGGAGCAGGUUAAGGGACCGGCAAAACACUUCCAGGUGGAACCAGGAACCCAGGUUCUGCGGCUUGAAGGAACCUGGCGCCGGAGGAGAAAGGGAACUUGAACAUGACCUGUUGCGUUUGGCAAGUUCCAGCAACAUGCUCGUAAGAAAGCGGCUCAGGCACGGCCCCUGCGGACUGCGGGUCCUGCUGCUGCUCCUGUCGCUGGGAUGCGCGCUGCUGAUGCUGGCCGCGCUGCACCCUCCCCCGCACGCCCUGCCCCGGGCGGUCACAGCCCAGGGCACCGAGCGCAGCCCCGAUGCUGGGUACCGCCUGGACUUCGGGGAAUCCCAGGAGUGGGUGCUGGAGUCCGAGGAUGAGGGCCAAGAGUACGGCCCCCUGGGGGGCCUGCCGCCCUUCGUCUCGCUGCGGGAGGAUCAGCUGCUGGUGGCCGUGGCCUUGCCCAGGGGCAGAAGAAACCGGAGCGAGGGCAGGAGAGGUGGCAGCUACCGGCUCAUCAAGCAGCCAAGCAGGAAGCAGGAUGAAGACGCCGCGGAGAGGGACUGGGGGGCCGAGGAGGAGGAGGAUGGAGAGGCGUCAGAAGAAGAUGAGCUGACCCCGCUCGGCCUGGAGGAGGCGCUCAGUGCCCGCAUCCCCCUGCAGAGGGCGCUGCCUGAGGUACGGCAUCCGCUGUGCCUGCAGCAGCAGCCGGGGGACAACCUGCCCACAGCCAGCGUCAUCCUCUGUUUCCACGAUGAGGCCUGGUCUACCCUCCUGAGAACCGUGCACAGCAUCCUGGACACAGCACCCCGGGCCUCCCUGAAGGAGGUCAUCCUGGUGGACGACCUCAGCCAGCAAGGACAACUCAAGUCUGCUCUCGGCGGGUACGUGGCCCAGCUGGAGGGGGUGAAGUUGCUCAGGAGUAACAAGAGGCUGGGUGCUACCGGGGCGAGGAUGCUGGGGGCCACCAGGGCCACUGGGGAUGUGCUGGUCUUCAUGGAUGCCCACUGUGAGUGCCACCCGGGCUGGCUGGAGCCCCUCCUGGGCAGGAUAGCUGGUGACAGGAGCAGGGUAGUGUCUCCUGUCCUAGACGUGAUUGACUGGAAGACUUUCCAGUAUUACCCCUCUAAGGACCUGCAGCGUGGGGUGUUGGACUGGAAACUGGAUUUCCACUGGGAGCCUCUGCCUGAGCGUGAGAGGAAGGCCCUCCCGUCCCCCAUCAGCCCCAUCAGGAGCCCGGUAGUACCCGGCGGGGUGGUGGCGGUGGACAGACACUACUUUCAAAACACUGGAGCGUACGACCCACUCAUGUCACUGCGGGGUGGAGAGAACCUCGAACUGUCUCUCAAGGCCUGGCUCUGUGGGGGCUCCGUGGAAAUCCUUCCCUGCUCUCGGGUGGGGCACGUCUACCGGAGUCAGGAAGCCCGCUCCCUCCACGACCAGGAGGCCUUCCUGCAGAACAAGGUGCGCAUCGCUGAGACCUGGCUGGGCUCGUUCAGAGAAACCUUCUACAGGCACAGCCCAGAGGCCUUCUCCCUGAGCCAGGCUGAGAGGCCCGACUGCACUGAGCGCCAGCAGCUGCAGAGGAGGCUGGGCUGUCGCAUGUUCCACUGGUUUCUGGCCAACGUGUAUCCUGAGCUGUACCCCUCUGAACGCAGGCCCAGGUUCUCUGGAAAGCUCCACAACACCGGACUUGGCUUCUGUGCAGACUGCCAGGCUGAAGGGGACCUCCUGGGCAGUGCCGUGAUGCUGGCUCCCUGCAGGGACAGCCAGCAGCAGCAGCAUCUGGAGCACACGGGCAGGAAGGAGAUCCACUUUGGCAGCCCACGGCACCUGUGCUUCGAUGUCAGGCAAGAGCAAGUGAUUCUUCAGAACUGCACCGAGGAAGGCCCUGGCAUCCAUCAGCAGCACUGGGACCACCAGGAGAAUGGAAUGAUUGUUCACAUUCUUUCUGGGAAAUGCAUGGAAGCUGUAGUGCAGGAAAACAGUAGAGAUCUGUACUUGCGCCAGUGUGACGGAAAAGCCAGCCAGCUGUGGCGCUUUGACAAUGUCAGCACUGUGGAUGAACGAUGAAUGUCAGUGUCACAAAGAAAAGAGAAGCGUGGCUUCUGACCACAGUGUGACCCCAAGGGAACUCCCGGAGCAGGUGCAUUUCAUGGAGCAGACCCUUGGUGUCUGUGCAGUGGUGAUAGCAGCGAUGAAAGCUCCGUGAAUGAAUAUGGGAAGUCUUUCCUUCUUGCACCUUAUUUCAUUGACCACCGGCUGUUAUAGAAAAAGAAAAGGAAAUAUGAAUUUAUAGUCACAUUGUCUUCAUCACUGAUAGAUGAUCAUUACAUAGUGCAGAAGAUUCUUGUCCUUUUUUUUUUCCAUUGAGCACUAAAUAAUUGCUUUUAUCUCUGAUUGAGGAAAGAGGACUGGCAACAUCUUCAGGAUACACAAUUCCAGUCAAUCCAUUUAUUGCAAAUGGCCUUACCUUGAACUGUCUGUGUAGCCAAACAUGAAAAUUGAAGUGUGAAGAGUGUGUAAAGGCAGGACACCCAAAAAGCUUUGGAUUAGACUCAUGAGGACAAAUUUCAUGUUCAUUGGGUGAGACAUAGCUCAGAGGAAGGAAGGGAGGCAGGCUACUGAGAGAAAAAUAGGUUUGGAGAGAGUUUUGGCCCAAUUCUUUAGCUCAGCCUAGCAGCUGAAAAGAGUUAGUAGACCUGGACUCUAAGACAUUUUCAUGUUAAUGAGAAUUUCCUCUAAACUUUCUACCUCCGUUCACCCUGCACUAGCUUGAUUAACCACAAUUGGAUUCUCAUGCAAUAUGUGUCUCUCUAGUCACUGGUGUUGAGUCAUCUUAGACAGAACACUCCCAUUAACAGAAGCAUACACAGUUGAGAGACUCUCUUGAUGCCCUGUUACAGGGUUUGCAUGGACUGGAUUGGAAAGAGCAACCUUUGCAAAGAGGCAGACAUUCCCUGGAAGGGGAAUGCCAGCAUCUGAGCCAAAAUUCUCAUGAGAGGAUCUAGGGUUGGGUGUUAAUGUCUAUGAGGGCUAAAAGGGCUGUCUCUGGCCUGUAGGAACUGUCUGGGACCCCCAGAUGUGCCCACAGCUGGACGUUCAGCCAUGGGAAGCAGAUAUCCCACCAGGGCAGAGCAGCUGAAUGGCUCUCUUGCUGUGACCUGGCCCACUGAGUUCAGCCAUAAGGGCUACUGAGUGGGGUUGGUUCUUUAAUUAAGAACACUUCACGCCCAUUUCUCUUCCAGAUGGAGUUCUCUCUCCACAUGGUCAGCUUAGAAACCUCCCCUCAAAGAUGCUGAUCUCCUCUGGGCCGUCUCAGGACACAGUGUAUUUCGAAUAAGAAACACUAAGUAGGAAGUGAGAAUUUCUAAACAAUAUCUGUCAUAAUUAUGCAUUCCUUCCCCACCUGCUGAAGUCAAUGGUCCACUGUGUUUCUCGUUCCCCAGAAUACACUCUAGACCCGUGCUAGGAGCCGCUGGCUGCAUGUGGCCAUCUAACUGCAAAUUCAUUAAAGAAAGUUUAAGCUCAGUUCCUCAGUUGUACUGGUCACAUUUCAAGUGCUCAAAAGCCACGGAGUUGGAGAGCACGAAUAACAGAACAUUCCAUCAGUGCAGACAGGUCUACUGGGUAGCACUAAUCUAGACAGAUUUAUCACCCCAUUGAGAGAAGAGAAUUCAGCCACCAUUUGCUUCCUUCAGACUUGUCUGUAUUCAACACAAUUGCCCCUAACAUUCUGAGGCUGAAACAGAGCUAGAAAUUCUCUGAUGGCAACUUUGUAAAGGGUAUUAAUGGUUGAGAAAUAAAAAUUAAACAAGACCUCUAUUUUUCAAUGAACUUUGUCAUUGGCAUUGUUAGUAUUUGAAGUUGCUGGAAUAAAUUAAUAUAAUUAAAUAAAGGCUGAAUUCAA